AUGGGAAGUGCUCAGGUGAUGGCAGCCUCGGGAUCCCGACACGGCACCCCAGCUGGGCAGUCCCCCCAUCAGCACCCGCCGUGCGUGGCUCUGGAGUCUGGAUCAGAUUUCUCCUCAGCCUCGUGGGCCUCCAAGCCAGUAGACCCUUUUGGGGUACUCUCUCCAGCCUUCAUCCACCUCUGCUCCCUGGCAGUAGACACGGCUCUGUUGUUCCUCACCUGGGGGGGCCCAGCACAGCUGCACGGAGUCCUGGUCCUGACAGACAUGUUGGCAGGAAGGCAGGCCCAGCCCUGGGUUUGA